AAGGGCCAAGAGGGAGAAAUGAUGUAGCCUGAGAUAUAGUAAUGGUGUGACAGGAAGUGAGGAUUGUAGGGGUGGAAUGUCUCAGUAAGAAAUGCAUAAAGGUCACUUGGGUGAACAAGUGAGCUAGAGAAAGAGAGAGAGAUGGGGAGAGAAGACUAAAAUACCAGUGAACAAGGAAUUCCCCCGCCUCCUCUGUUCCAGCCAAGAAACUAAAAAGAGGUCUGAAUUAAGAGCAAACAGACAGAGCAAACAGGAAGAGGCAGGGAUAAGAAGAGAAAAGAGAGAAAGGGCGGGAUGAAAGAGGGAAACAGAGUGGAAGAUAUUGAUAGGCUGGGACACGUAGGGAAUCUUGAGGACUAAAAACUCUCUUCAAGCUGUUUAAGAUGAAACCCAUUAAAAAACAAGGCAGACGGUCACCUCCUUCCACACGAGCAAAGGGGGGGAAGAGGAGGGGGCCACCCGAUGCAAGCCCAGAGGAAGAGAAAAGAGACGCAGAGGAAAAGACCAAACUUUCGCCCUCCUCUCCCAAGAGACAGAUCUCCUCAAAUUCAGACUCUUCACAGGAGGAACCAGUGAGAAGCAGUAGGACUCCAGAGAGGGAGGGCCAAAGAGAGGGAAUACUGGAUGUUUCAGGGGACUGUGGGAAAACAGAAGAGCACUCUGGGAGCUCCAGGGCAGGUGGAGCACAGAGUGACAGCAACAGCAGCACAGCCAGCGCCAAUAGCAGCCCCAAUCCGUCAUCCAGCCGCAAGACAGCCACCUUUAAGGCCCGCGUGCCCAAGAAGAAGUAUACCUCUGAGCACUGUGCUGGAAACCAUGGCAACGCCAGCACUCCCAGUACUCCCCCACAAAGCAACAGCAGCACAGCUCACAAUGGCUCUGGUGCUAGUCAGGGCUCCACUACUGUUGCUGCACACACAGACACAAGCAGCCAAAGCAACCGGCUGGCUGAGGAGAGCACCACAGGGGUCAUACAAAACAGUGUGGCAGUGCCUGUGGGCAGAACAGGAGACGAGGGGGGCGAGAGAGACAAGGCGAGCACAUCUAGUCCUCAGCGCUGCUCUUCCACAGACACAGCCAGUGAACACUCAGCUGAGCUUGAGGUGACAGUACGGCGUUCGGAGUCCCGCUCAAACUCACAAGGAGCACAAGCACACGCUAGUCCUCCACCUCUACAAGAAAGCUUGCCAGCUGGGCUGUCCGAAGCACUGGCCAAGGGCUUAAAGAACCAGAGAGUCCUGGCCAGGGUAGGUGCUAGAAUGGGGGAAGGAUGGCCAACUGAUAGAGGGAGAGAAUCAUCAGGAGUUUUCCGUGCUGGCGUCGUCCGGGAAGUUAGCAGGGAGCAUGGGAGUGUGGAAGUGCAGCUGAAUGGGGAAAAAACUUUAUGCAAAUACCCAUUCCGAGGAGCUACUGAAACAGUGGACCUGAUUCUAGAUGCACCCCCUCCGGGGCAGGCACCUGUGGCCAUAGGAACACAUGUGUGUGUGCCUUUUGGAGGUAGCAGUGAGGGUAGCGAAGGUGCACAACAAUGGUACAGAGAAGGCCUGGUCACCCAGGUGGACCCCCACCCUGCUGUUUCUUCUCCAUAUCGUGUCCAGCUACAGGAGGAUCCAGCAGGUGAGAAGGAGAGAAGAAGAGUGGAGGAGGAAGGGAGGGCUACUGCUGCUCAUGCAGUGUGGGUCUCACGGCAGAGCCUUCGCCUCCUGGUUCCACCUUGGGACUUGGAGCUGCCACUAUCUGCUGAGCAAGAGAAUGAUGGUCGAAGAGUGAGGGGAAGAGAGAGAGAUUGGGAGGACAGAGAUGAGAUGGAAGUGGAACGGGAGCUGUGUCGUCUCAGCAUGGUGCAUGGCGUAACUGGACCAGUGUUAGUUAGAGGGAUGUUACACCCUGGAUCUGCACCUUCUUCAUUACCACCCUCUUCCUCUUCUGCUGUUAGCUCUGCUAUCACUUCUGUUCUCAACAUAGCUCCCAAUCGGGACUGGGACUGUAGCCGAGAAAAGGAGCUGGAGAAGGAGCGAGAAAUGCAGAGGCAAUUAGAAAAAGAGAGAGAAAGGGAAAGGGUUGCUCUACAACCACCAGCCCCAGAAGAGGACAUGGAGGUCAGCCAUUUCAGCAUGGCUCAACUCAGGGAGGGUGGCCUCCCCUCAGCCAUGGGCAGCAAACCUCUGGGUAUGCCCUCCCAGCAUCGGCCCAUUCUCUCGAAACCUACAGACUACCUCAGCUCUCAUCUGUCAGUGGUGAGAGGCAUUGGCACCACGUUACCACCCCACUUGUCUCUUGUCCCUCACCCCACCCCCUCCCCUGUGCUCCUGGGACUGGACCCAGCAGCAGGGGCAGCAGUCAUCUCCUCCACCCCACAGUUACCUCCCUUGCCCCCCUCCUCUUCCCGCAGUUCCUUGGAGAAGACCUCUACUUCCAGCUCCCACGGUGCAUCGGGGGGUGGCUCAGGCUCCUCAUCUUCAUCAUCACGUUCCCGCACUCCACUCACAGCUGCCCAGCAGAAGUACAAGAAGGGUGACGUGGUGUGUACUCCCACAGGUAUCCGCAAAAAGUUCAAUGGAAAGCAGUGGCGUCGACUGUGCUCUCGAGAGGGCUGCUCCAAGGAGUCCCAGCGUCGUGGCUACUGCUCCCGCCACCUCUCCAUGCGAACUAAGGAGAUGGAGGCAGGAGGUGGAGUGGGCCGAGACCGGAGUGGUGCCAGCAGCACAGGCACCCUCACACCUGAUCUCCGCUUAGGAGGUCGCACCAGCAGCGAGUUUGACUGGGAUGAGACAUCACGGGACAGUAGUGAAGCCAGCAGCCGUGGGGGAGACUCACGGCCUCGUUUAGUCCUACCUUCUCUCCUACCACAAGAGCUGCCACGUGACCUGUCACGCUUUGACUUUGACGAGUGUGAGGCUGCGAACAUGCUGGUGUCUCUGGGCAGCUCACGUUCAGGCACGCCCUCAUUCUCCCCAGUUUCCAAUCAGUCUCCAUUCUCUCCAGCCCCCUCUCCUUCACCAUCUCCGCUAUUUGGAUUCCGCCCAGCUAAUUUCAGCCCCAUCACUGCUCCUUCAACUCUCACCCCUCGCCGCCCACGCCAUCUGAGCGGCACCAAGCUGGGCACCCCUGGCUCAGAACGAGAACGCCACUUAUCUGGCAUUAUUCCCACCUUCCAGACCAACCUGACCUUCACUGUGCCCAUGAGUCCCAGCAAGCGCAAGUUAGAUGCUCCACCUCCCCCACUUCCCAAUGCUCCUGACUAUGUUAAGUCUGAUCCCCAGCUGAGUGACCUGGGACUGGGCUUAAACACUGCAGCCUUCAGGUCAGUAUCUCCUCAAAGCCAGCCAACUACCCCCUCCUCUCUUUCUUUUCCUCGUCCAAGGAGUGCGACCAGCCGCCCCUCAUCUUCUGCUGCAUCCACCCCUCCACCUAUGUUGGUUUCCCCCACACCCCCUUCACCCCUGCCUCAGGACCCCAGCCCACGUCGUAUUGUUCCCCUACGUGAUUCACCUGUCAUCGUCCGCAACCCUGAUGUGCCACUGGCUAAGUUCAGCGACGGACCCUUGAACCGGAGAGCGAGUUCUCGUUCCAGAGAGCACAGUCAGCCACCUCACCUUGCUGUGGGCCUCCAAGCUCCAGUGCCCAUUAACAGAGCUGCCACAAAUGGUGCAGUAUUGCUGCGCAACCCCGCCCCCACCUUGGUGCUGGUGACCUCUGCCCAAUCACUGACCACUGUGGCUGCCGGACGUCCAGCCCAUUCAAGCCCCACCCCCAGCAGUGUGUCUGCCUCCAAUGCAGCCACUGGUCCUGCUUCAGCCAGUUCAGGCUCUGGAGGGAGAGAGCGAGAGAGAAAGCCAGGUGAUCAUGCAGAUGCAUUAGGAGGCAUGUUGCCACAGCCUGUGGCCUGUCAUCCAUCUCCCACUGCCCUUCUUCCCCUUAUCCUACCAGCAGAGUCACCACAUCCUGCCCCCCGCAAGGACAUCAUCAUGGGACGACCUGGCACAGUCUGGACCAAUGUGGAGCCUCGGUCUGUGCCAGUGUUCCCCUGGCAUUCAUUGGUUCCUUUUCUGGAGACCAGCCAAUCAAAUGUAUCCUCCCAGCCUGCUGAUGGUCAAGCACUUGUAAACCAGAGCAAAGAACCACGAUGUGGAGUAGCUCUUGUGACAGAAGGGCGUGGUGGUCAGUCAGGUGCAGAGACAGGGUCACCAUCUCGCCCCCCAGCCUCUGUAGAGGAUCAUCCAGCAGAGAGGGAAGGAGGAGACAGUGAAACGGAGAGUGAUGCUGAUGAUCUAUUUUACUCAGGUGGAGCCCAAGACCCUGCGCCCUCCACUGGUCCAGUGAAGAGACGAACCCAGUCACUUAGCGCUUUACCCAAAGACAGUGACAAGAAGAGGGAGAAGGACCACAUUCGUCGACCGAUGAAUGCAUUCAUGAUCUUCAGCAAACGUCACCGUGCCCUCGUGCACCAGAGGCACCCAAACCAGGACAAUCGCACAGUCAGUAAGAUCCUAGGAGAGUGGUGGUACGCGCUGGGCCCCAAAGAGAAGCAGAAGUACCAUGACCUCGCCUUCCAGGUGAAGGAGGCUCACUUCAGGGCUCACCCUGACUGGAAGUGGUGUAAUAAGGACAGGAGGAAGUCUCUGUCUGAAGGCCGGGGGACUCCAGGGACCAAAGAGACUCGAGAGCGGAGUGUUUCUGAAAGCACAGAUGCUCAGUCAGUGUCUCAGGUGGUGGAGCAGAAGGAAGCAGGAACCACCUGGGCAUCACCAGGGUCUGAGCGGCGUGGAGGGCCGAUAGGAGGCCAGCUCCCACGCCCUCGCGCAUUUUCCCAGAGUGCUGUGCACAGCCUGGAGAAGAGAGAGCGAGAAAGGGAUCUAGAGAAGGAUGGAACAGGUUCGUUUCAGACUCAUCCCACUCCUCUCUCGCAGCGCAGGGCAAGCGAGGAUGUGACCAGUGAUGAAGAGCGAAUGGUCAUUUGUGAGGAAGAUGGAGAUGAUGAUGUCAUGGAUGAUUCUUUCCCUGAAGGCUCUAUAGACCUAAAGUGUAAAGAGAGAGUGACAGACAGCGAUGAAGAGAAUGACCCUGCAGAUGAAACUGAUGGCAAGCCAGUGAUCCGUCCCCUUUCAUUCACAUCUGGAGGCAUACUGUCUAACAACAAAGACACAGAAAGCAAGAGAAAGCAAGAGACAGAAGGUGGAGAGCAGAAAGGAGGACCUAAAGAUGGGAAAGGAGAAGGUGGAGGAACAGGAGGAGGAGGAAGAGGAGGAGGGCAGGUCCCUUCUCAGUCACUCCCGUUAUCCAUCACUAGUCUGAAUGUAACCCCUUCAAUUGAACCAGCAGUGUCACAGGUGCUGGGGGCUGUCCGGAUGGCCCCCACAGUGGUGACCAAUGUGGUUCGGCCUGUGACCAGCACACCAGUUCCCAUUGCCAGCAAACCUGUUGAAGGUGGAGUAGCUCUUGGGGCCCUGCCCCCUGACGGGAAGGCCAAGCUGCAAAUUGGUGCAGUAGGAGCAGCAGGGAGUGGGGCUGUUACAGGGGGUGGGUACUUUCCAUCCUCCUCACCCAAACCUGUUGGUCAAGGAGGCCUAGUCACAGGUUUAGUUCUUGGAGGAGCCUUUUCAAACCAACCCACUGUUCAGCUCAUUACCCCAUCCCAACCCUUGUCAGGCCCCACCCCUAGUAACGGAGUAGCUAGCAACAAUGCUGUGCCCAUUCCCUUGCUUCAACCUCAGUUCCUCCCAGCAGCCUCUCUCACUCCACCUAGUGGUGAAAAACCAGUCACUCAGUUGCAGUACAUCCUUCCGACUCUACCUGCCACAGCCAACCCAAACAGCCCGUCCUCCCAGCAGGCACAGCAGCCAACCAGUGUCCUUGCUCUGCCCACCGCCCCACCCACACAUGUAUCCCUGGCCAAUGGAGUGCAUUCAGGGGCUGGCUCAGGGAUGAGAUAUGCCUCAGUGGGAGGGGUCAGCCCAGGAGGAAGAGUUCAAGCACAAUCUCCAGUCUUACAGAACAAGAUGUUGGUUCCCAUGGCAACAAUGAGAACUGGAUCUACACCUCCACAGCCUAUUUCCCUUGUGGCCCCACCUCUUCCUGUACAAAAUGGGGCUCAACCAGGAAGUAAGAUUAUUCAGAUUGCACCAAUGCCAGUGGUCCAAACUAACGUCCAGCCUGGGGGAACAGUUCAUCCGGGGGGCUCCUUCCCUGUCUCUGUCGCAGCGGCAACUGUCAUGGCUUCAGGCACCACCCCUCCUCAGACAGUGCUUUUGACUCCAUCUCCUACAAGGAUUACUUAUGUUCAGUCAACCCCUGGUAUCGCUGCUCCUUUGCCACUGGGCUCCACAACAGCUGUCUCCUCCCCACAGCAAGCCCCUGCCCCUCCAGGACCAGCAUUUUUACCGUCUCCCAUGGCAACUCUUGGCUUCACUGCCAUCGCUCCUGCUGGUCACACAUUAGUGCAUCCAAUAGUGGCAGGCCAGCCUCCGCUUCUAGCUCCAGUUCCACACCCCAGCUGUUCAUCACAGCCUGCCUCGGCCUCAGGGCCCACUCGCCAACUAGUGACCACCAUUUACCCUGCCCCCAGCGUCACCUUGGCGACAGGAGUGGUUUCCAUGACUACCAUGCCACAAAGUGUGGCCAGUUCCACAUCAACUCCUACAUGCCCAUCACCUCGUACGAAGAUAUCCGUACCAUCAGCCGUGCACUCACAGCCUCAGACUCACACAGAGUCACAGUCAAAGCAGGAAUACAUUCCUAUGAAGAUGGAACAGAAAGAGACAGAAAUACAGAAAGAAGCAGCGCUGUCCAGCACAGCUAGUCAGGUACCACCUAGUGGUAUGGCAGAAUCAUUGCGGCCCACUAGUCCGACCUCGCAUUCACAUACAGGAAAUGGACCAGGAGCCUCCAAAUUACCCUUGGUCCCUCAGAAGGUCAAAAGUCAAAUGAAGCAUGUCCCCUCAGGUUUACACGGGGAAGAGAAAGAUGGAAAAAAAGAGAGCAGGAUGGAGCGUGACAGUGAUGUAGAUGGUGGAGGUGGGGGUUCUUCUCGAUUAGAACGAGCAGGAAGAGAGAGAGGAACAGAUGGAGCCUCCAAGGGCCAGCUUACUGAAAACGACUGCAAGGAGGAACAUGGCAGAGAGGCUGAUCAGAGGGAUGCAUCUGGGUUGGAUCCACCUCCACCACCACCACAAAGUGAUACUCCUGUAACCAAGAAGACCAAAUCCCGGCCCCCGCCACUCAAGAGCACUACGGACCCUGUGGACAAAGUGCUAUCAGGCACAUAUUUUGAGGAGCGUCUAGCAGAGCUGCCAGAGUUUAAGCCAGAGGAUGUGCUGCCCUCACCCAACUUGCAGAGUCUGGCCACGUCCCCUAGAGCCAUACUGGGCAGCUACCGCAAGAAGAGGAGGAACUCCACAGAUCUGGACUCUGUUGAUGACCCCAGUUCUCCAAGGAGGAAGAGUCGUCGUUUGUCCAGCUGCAGCUCAGAACCCAACACACCCAAAAGUGCUGCCAAGUGUGAAGGAGACAUAUUCACCUUCGACAGAACCGCAGGAGAGACAGAGGAUAUUUUAGGGGAACUGGACCGUGUGCCAUAUUCCUCUCUGCGUCGCACUCUAGAUCAGCGGCGGGCCCUCGUCAUGCAGCUCUUUCAGGAGCACGGGUCCUUCUUCCCUUCAGCCCAGGCCACGGCUGCUUUCCAGGCACGCUACUCUGACACUUUCCCCACCAAAGUGUGUCUGCAGCUAAAGAUUCGUGAAGUGAGGCAGAAGAUCAUGCAGACAGCCACGCCUGGCGGUUCAGAGGCCACGGGGCCAGGAGGAGUUACCGGGGGAUCAGACUCUGCCUCUGCCCCUGGACCAUCCAAUCCUGCAGCCAGGGAGGAAGGUGGAGAAGAACUGGACGAAAAGGGCAGAGAGUCUAAAUGCGGAAUGAGCGAAUCGCAGGAGCUGAGAUGAGGAAUGAUGGGUGAAGACAGACAGAAUGGAAAUGGGAUGUGGAAUGGGUGUAGUAGGCGAGUUUAACAAACUUCAGCGACAAUAUAGAGCACUUAUGUGGAUUUUGUUGCAUUUCUAACCAACUGUGUGGAUUUUGUUCCGUUUGGUUCACUUUGUUAUUUUCCUUUUGUUGGACCCAGUCUCUCUGUGGCAAGGUGUCAGUUAGACACACUCACCAACACACCUAUAUUUUAUGCAAGUACACAAAAUAAAAAUUUUCACAACUGGCACAAGAACCUUUUCCAUUAAACAUCUGGUGGCACCUGUUUGUAUGUGCCUCUCAAUGCCGGACAGUCUUUGGUUCACCACCGCGCUACGGCGCGACUUCACUUCCUAUCUGAGUUUCACAGCCCUUCAAUGCUGCACUCCAGGCAGCACCCGACUAGCCUGUCUGCACAAUGUUUCCUUGCCUGGUAUAGAAACGAGACUGUUUGGAGGGAAAUGGCAGGACGUAUGCGCUUGCACUUUCAUUUUGUGAGAGACUGAGACAGAAAGCAAUAGCUAGAGAGGAGGAGGGUCUUCACACGAAUGUGACACACCCAUUUCAACUUGCUUCAGCUGAUACCUGUUCUUGGAUGCAGGCUUACAACCAAACUUUCCAAAAGCAACAAACCCAAGACUUGCUCUCUUGCAGCCAAGCAGAAAACCAGAGGUUUCAGCGACCGCCAACACAGCACACUCAAACCAAGAGUGUAGUGUCGUUCUUCUCAAAUGGAACCAAGAAAAAUAAAAAAAAACAAAAAAAGACACUACGCUCUUUGAAUCAACUCAUAGUUAUGCUUUGUCACUUGUAGUUGUUGUGUCGUACUGGUGGAACUGACUGAUAUAUUUUUUCCGUAAAAGCUUGCUCCUAUCUUCUUCUUACUCUGGUGACAUUUCCAGCAUGGACUAAUCAAGCUAUCCAAAUGUUGGGGCAAAAAAGAAGAAAAAAAAGGACUCUCUCUGUUUUAGCCUCUUAGCUGAAGCACCUCUUCUCAGGCCUCCAUCUUAGGCCUUCCCUCCCCCACCGCCCCUUCACCUAUCACUGUACAUAACCGUGACGGCUCGGGGGCACGAGGCUCUUUGCUUUUUUCUCCCCUUUUUUGAGAUGUUUUAAUCAGGUGUUUGCACAAUAUGUGGUCCUGGACCGCGAUUUAAAUCAGGAAAGUGUUUGCUUUUAGAGAUAUUUAAAAACUAACCAACAACUUUGUACCAUUUCAUUUUGAUUCCUUCCCUUCCUUUUCAUAGGCGUUGCCCUAAAAAAAGAAAAUAGACCUUUUUUUUUUAGUUUUCCUCUUUUUAUUGUUUUUUUUUCUUUCUUCUCAAACUUUUUACCUGAAGUGUUGUUGGAAAGCGCCUGUAAAGCACUGGUCCAGAGUCAGAAUGAGCUCUGUAGUCUGGAUGAUUUUGCAUCAGGAUUGUGCAAGGGAAAGCUGAUCUGAGACCAGUGCUGAGGUGGCAUUUCUCAGGAUCUUCUCUCCCUUCUUCUGCCACUUUACUUCUUUCAUUGGUGCAAUACGACAGUGUGGAUGGGGAAAAUUCCUUUGGUUUAGAUGAGUGACCGGUUUGUGCCAUAGAUAUUCACUGUACAGGCUGACAAAGCUGUCACAAUAUGAUAUAUAUAUUGAAAAAGAGUUAAUAUGAGAAUUAUCAUAACAUUCAUAAAUGAGUGUUGAGGAAGUAGUCCAAACAGAACAAACAACAAGCUAAAAAAUUAACCUAGCACUUUUUUGCGUCUUGUUUUGCUGAGAGAAGGAGUAAUGAGUAUAUCGAUACUUCUCAGUCUUCACUUGAAUGUGUGACUAUAUAAAUAUACAUAUAUAUAUUUCUAUAUGUCCGUAAUAUACAGGUGUUUUGUGUGUGUGUGUGUGUGUGUGCAUGUGUGUGUGUGUGUGUGUGUGAGCGUAUAUGCUGAUACUUAAUAUGCACCUUGGCAGACCAGACUUGCCCCCAUGCAAAUACCAUCCUAUACUAGAAGACUGUUAUCAUAUGCCUGUAAGCAGAUUAUUAUUGUAGAGAUACAGGAAUACUCAAGCAUAUGAAGCCACAUAACUUGGUGUUAACUUGACUUUUUGGCACUUCAUUCAACCAUUCAUUUUGUUUCUUUCCCCCGCAACAGAGCAACGCUUACACACACACACGUAUACCUGCACAUGUAUGCGUGUUACACCUUCUGAUUGUGUAUCCAAUAAAAACUGUCCUUACUUUGGACUGGAGAAGGAAUUUUUGAAUGAGAAAGAUGAGCGUGAGCUCAUGAGCAGGCAUGUUGACCAUGUGCAAUAUUUCUAAACAAAAGAAUAUUGAAAAUAUUAAAGACCUAACACAA